AUGCCAUCAAGCGAAAAGAAGGUGCCUAAACAAGAUGAUUCACAAUUAUUCCCUGAAGUGGAUGAAAAUAACUUUAUGGACGAUGAUUUUAGUUCUUUAAUGAGAGCAUUAGACGAAUGCCAGAAGAAGGGAUUUAUAAACAAAGCACUUGGACGAUGUUCAUCUUUGCGGCAGGAACUAAAUAUGUGCUUAGACCAGACAACACAGGCCAGGAGAAGGAGAAAGAUCAUACGUAAGAAAGCGGAAAGGAAGAAGUUUGAGGAGAAGAAAAAGAAGAUGUUUGAAGAAGAAUAUGGAAAGGAUGGGUACUUGAAGAAAGUUAUAGAAAAGGAAUACGAGAUGAAGCAUGGGAAGAAACCUGAUGGAACUCCUACUUCCAAUGAAUGA